AUGGCGAUCCAUUCGGUGGCAGUUUUCCGCCUUGUAUUAUUGUUCGCAUUUAUGCAAUUGGCUGUCGCGAGUAUACGUGUGGAUUGGCAAGACACCCUCUCGAUUCCCGGACCAGAAACUGACGACACCGACCUGAAGGCUCGCUACCCAGUCCAUAAAUUCAAAACCCUCAUAGACCACUUCCCCUCUGAUCCGCGUUACGAACCACACACGGGGGAGAAAUUCGACCUGCGCUACUGGUUUGAUGCCAGUCACUACAAGAAGGGUGGGCCGGUAAUCGUGUUACACGGCGGCGAGGCGAAUGGCGAAGGUCGCCUCCCAUUCCUGCAAAAGGGCAUUGUGAAAAUACUCAGUGAAGCAACUCAUGGCCUUGGCGUCAUUCUGGAACAUCGCUACUAUGGCCAGAGCUUCCCGACGGCGAACCUGUCGACUGAGAGCUUGCGAUUCCUGACCACUGAGCAAGCACUGGCAGAUUCGGCCGAUUUUGCGCAAAAUGUUGUGUUUGACGGAUUUGAGGAUGUGGAUUUGACGGCAAAGGGAGGGAAUGCGCCUUGGAUUGCAUAUGGAGGGUCGUAUGCAGGAGCACAGGUGGCAUUCCUCCGCGCCCAGUAUCCCGAUAUCUUCUGGGGGGCUAUCUCAUCGUCCGGUGUAACCAAAGCCAUCUACGACUACUGGGAAUACUUCGAACCUGUCCGAAAAUAUGGUCCGCCGGAAUGUGUCUCCACCACGCAGAAAUUCGUGGACAUGGUUGAUACAAUCAUAAUCGGCCUCGGCGACCCAAAUAAAACGAAGAGAUUGAAAAGUUUCUUCGGUCUGGAAGGGCUGACGCAUAAUGAUGACUUUGCGAAUGUCCUUGCGUGGGGUAUCAGCUAUUGGCAGUCUGUCAACUGGGACCCGAAAAUUUCAACACACAAGUUCGACUACUACUGCGGCAAUAUCACGGCAGAUGAGUUGUUGUAUGGAAAUGGUGAUUUGAAGGAUGAGGCGGAGGAGCUUCUUAUUGCAGGGGGUUAUGGAAACGAAGUAGGGACUCUAGCGAAUCGACUUCUGAAUUUCGCCGGCUUUUUGCAUCACGAUCAACUGGUCUAUUGCAAGGAGACUGAACAGACAAUGGAUGAAUGUCUUGGGCAACAUGAUAUGGCGUGGUUUAAGAAUGAUAGCCUUGCACAGGCUGACAAUCGGUGCUGGCCAUAUCAGGUGUGCACGGAAUGGGGCUUCCUCCAGGUCGGCAGCACGGUCCCCCAGGAUCAAAUGCCCAUGGUCUCACGCCUGAUCGACCUCGAGUACGCCAGCAUAAUGUGCCGAGAAGCCUUUGGUAUCUACAGACCUUCGGACGUUAAUAGAGUCAACAAAUAUGGCGGGUUCGACAUUGAAUAUGAGCGGCUGGCCUUCAUUGACGGGGAAGUCGACCCCUGGCGCCCAGCAACACCUCAUUCCGAACUGGCUAGGCCACGGAAAAGCACGCUCGAAAAGCCGUUUAUUUUGAUCGAGGGGGCUGGACAUCAUUGGGAUGAGAAUGGAAUGCUUGCGAAUGAAAGCACGCCAAUGCUCCCUCCCAAGGCCGUAGCAGACGCACAGGCACAAGAAGUCAAAUUUGUGAAGAAGUGGAUGGAGGACUGGGAACAGGAGUUGCGGCAAAGAUUAACCAAUAAGCAAACGAUGAUCUCCCACGGGGACUGA